UGCGGAGGCCAGUCGCAAUCGGGUUCUCUGCACGGUCGCCAGCGUUCGAUUUUCAGUCCGCCGACUGUUCACAGCAGUGUAGAAGAGCAGUGCGUCGCGACGGAUUCAGGAUUUUAUCUUUGCCUAAAACACCCGCACAAGUUGCUCUUCCGUUGACGAAAACAGCAAGUUUUGAGGUUCACAUGGUCGCCUGCUUUGAUCGGUUUUCUCUUGCAGAAGAGAAUCUGAUUUAUUCGGACUGAGUGUAUGUUUGAGUGGAUGGAGAAACAAAAUAUUCUGGGAGAAAUUAUGGUGUUAUCGAUUUUUCUCUACACUACCAGCAGACAGUCUCGGAAUCGUGAUUUUCAGUAGUGUGAGUGCGCAGGAAGAAGUAUAACGACCGUGCACGCUGUGAAUAGACGUGCUAGAACACACAACACUGUUAGUGAGAUACAAAUUAGUUGCAACAUAAAAAUACCACCACAUAUCGUCGAUUGUAAAGAAGAAUAUCAAUUACAAAGUUUCAAAAAAUAAUAAAAAUCACGGAAUAAUCACGCGUUAGGAGAGCGCGAGAGCUCCAAUAUCUGUGUGCUGAUUUGCUCGCUUGUCGUGCCCAAUGCAGUAGGCGAUGCACUUCUUCCCAUAUCGCAUAUCGAGAAAAGCCUACUGCAUGUGAAUAAAUACACAUACGUGAAACGUGCUAAAUGUCAAUCGAGUAGGCCGUGACAACAGACGACAAGGAACAACAAGCAGCAGCGGUAGCAGCGCAGCGGACGGAUAGACGUAAUUCAAAGAGAUUGCUGAAGAAACCGGCAGCAGAAGCGCACAUAUCAUGCAACACAAUUGAGUCAUAUCACUAGCGCUGUCGCAGCACCGCCGCAGUAUGCUUCGUGAGGGGUUCGUGCAUGUGGACUUCUGAGAGACGAGCAGAGACUUGGACUGCGGACCUGGGCGUUGCGGUUUGCUGGCUUCAAGAGGAGAAUUCUAGGAUCUAAGGUUUUAAUUACUAGACAAGAGAAGGAGUAGAAACAGCACAAAAUGGGACUGAUAGGAAGGCGGCGAUCGUCGUUCUUGAAAAUUAUCGCACUAUUAGCUGUGGUGUGGUUUAUGGUGGUGUUUGUGCUGUAUUCAGAUGAUGGAAGCGGGACAAGUAACAGCAGAGUGGGCGCUUCUGGUGGAGCAGGAGACAGUUCAUUCGAGGCUCCCCGAAGGUUACCUUUACAAGGUAUUAGGGAUAAGUUCAAUCAGUUCAUCAUCAAUGCCCGUGAGGAUGCAAACAAAGAUGAGCUGAGUCAAGAUGGAGAGGGCUUAGGACUGGUAGAUUAUGUCGAUAAUAAUAUCGAUCGAGGUGUCGACGUACCGUUCAAAACGGUAGAAGAAAAGCGAAAAAUUCCACCCAAAAGUAGGAAGCGGAAUGAAAAUGCCCCAGAAUUCGAAGGGGUUAUUGCACCACCGCACGAGGAUAGUCCGGAUUCACCGGGCGCCAUGGGUAAACCCGUAACCCUGCCAAAGGAGAUGGAUCCGGAGAUGAAAAAAGCCGUUGAUGACGGUUGGUCCAAGAAUGCGUUCAACCAGUACGCAGCUGAUUUGAUCUCAAUUAGGCGAAGUCUUCCGGAUCCGCGAGAUCCUUGGUGCAAGGAGCCGGGUCGAUACUUGACGGAUCUGCCAGCCACAUCCGUGAUUAUUUGCUUCCACAACGAGGCCUGGUCGGUGCUGCUGCGAACCGUCCACUCCGUGCUCGAUCGUUCGCCCGAGCAUCUAGUCAAAGAGGUGAUCUUGGUCGAUGACUUCUCCGAUAUGCCACACACUCAAAAGCAACUUGAAGACUACUUUGAGGCAUACCCCAGAGUGAAGAUCGUUCGAGCACCCAAACGAGAAGGACUGAUCCGAGCGCGGUUGCUAGGAGCCCGCUAUGCCACCGCUCCCGUGCUGACCUACUUGGAUUCACAUUGCGAGUGCACAACUGGAUGGUUGGAACCGUUGUUGGAUCGCAUAGCGCGAAACUCCACGACCGUUGUGUGUCCGGUUAUCGACGUCAUAGACGACAACACGAUGGAGUACCACUACCGGGACUCGGGUGGUGUCAAUGUAGGCGGUUUCGACUGGAACCUGCAGUUCAAUUGGCAUGCUGUCCCAGAUCGGGAGAAGAAACGACACAAGAACACUGCCGAACCCGUGUGGUCCCCGACGAUGGCGGGUGGUUUGUUCGCGAUCGAUAAAGACUUCUUCGAACGGCUGGGAACGUACGAUUCGGGUUUCGAUAUCUGGGGCGGGGAAAAUUUGGAGCUAUCGUUCAAAACGUGGAUGUGUGGAGGCACGCUGGAAAUCAUUCCAUGCUCCCAUGUGGGUCACAUAUUCCGAAAACGGUCGCCUUACAAGUGGCGAACGGGAGUCAACGUCAUCAAGCGGAAUUCGGUGAGAUUGGCGGAGGUGUGGUUGGAUGAGUACGCCAAAUAUUACUACCAGAGGAUUGGCAAUGACAAAGGAGACUACGGAGACGUCACCGAGCGGAAGCAGCUUCGUCAGAACCUGGGUUGCAAACCUUUCCGGUGGUACCUGGAUAACAUUUUCCCGGAACUGUUCAUUCCUGGAGAAGCGGUUGCUUCAGGAGAGGUAAGAAACGCGGGAUACGGAAAUCGUACGUGUUUGGAUGCUCCUGGAGGCAAGAAGAACCUGCGUAAGCCGGUGGGGCUCUAUCCGUGCCAUAACCAAGGCGGAAAUCAAUACUGGAUGCUGAGCAAGACGGGCGAAAUCCGUCGGGACGAGGCCUGCCUGGACUACGCCGGACAGGACGUGAUACUGUAUCCAUGCCACGGGUCCAAGGGAAAUCAGUAUUGGAACUACUCGCCGGACUCGCACCUCCUGCGGCACGGCUCGUCGGACAAGUGUCUGGCCAUCAACGAGGCCAAGCAGAAGCUCAUCAUGGCCGACUGCGACGCGACGAUCGACGCACAGAAAUGGCAGUUCCAGAACUACGAUCGCAGCAAGCUGUGAGCUUCCAUAAAGGAAGACCAUAUUCAGUAACUUGUAUAAAACCGGAGAAUGCAGAAAGAUUAGACAAAAGGGUGGAAAUAAGAACAGAUUUACAUCGGUUUUAUCCCACGCGCAAGCUGAAGUUCAGAGUCCUAGUUAGUUGAAUGAUUUUAAUGUGAUUUUCGCGUUAAUUUAUUAUUAGAUACAGAGAAAGCUGUAUGCAAAAGCUCCUCGUUGAAGGUUUCCUCCUGUUGCUAGCGAUUACGAACCAAAUAGAAAUGAGGUAAGACAUGUUCACUCCAUUCCAAGUAAACAUACCAACUGCCAUAUCUUCCCAACCACCAACCUGGACCACAAUCUUCCUAUUGAUUUUUUUUAUAAUUAUUUUUGUGGACCUAUCCAAAACGAAAGAUUUCAUAUUUUGCUCGCAAGCUGAUGUUUUCGCACAAAAUGACAAUCGCAAAUCAAAUUCUGUUUUCCAUUUCCGUGCUUCUGAUGAUUUCUAUUUUUGUGCGCCCGUUAGCACAAAUCAAUCAGAGAUCUGCGCCUGCUGUGAUUCUGUAAGGCGACAGGCGUCGUCUAUUUAUGGAAUCAUCUUUUUUUUCAUUCCUCAAUUAGUUAUGUUUAGUUCUCUCCGGAAUGGAUACCGACUUAGUUGCUCAAAUCAAGAAGGAACAAAACUCCUCCACGCAGGAAAGGAAACUCUAUACAUUCCAAUUAGGUACCAAUAUCCAACAUCAAAAGAAACUAAUAAAAGAUAAGCCAAACUUGAUUGUGGAAGGUUAGUAACUUACACAAAGCUGACAGCUGCCGAUCGGCUGUACACCGUUCAAACAUAUCAAAGUGCGACAUUCAGAAUGAUUACGAAGAUUAGGAAGAAAAAGUUUGCCAUAGAUGAACUGAUUUUUCUCCGAGCUUUCGUUUUAACUUUUAACCUUAAACUUAUCAGAACAAGCAUUCACACAUACACACAAAUAAACUGACAUAUCCGAAGGGAGCGUGAGAAACGAUAGAGAAUACAAUUCUUCCCGUUGAUAAUUUUAAAAGUGACUCCAUCACAAGAGACUAUCGAACUGUUUACUUAUACAAACAACAUUGUUUUAUUUCUACAGUAGUUAAUAUAUUAUAAAUAAACUUAGAAAUGUGAUUCGUUUUCUUUGUUCUACUCCUGUAAUCAAGCAAAAAUCGACACGAGAUUGAAAUGAUAAAAGGAAAUGCUGAUUUCCUGACAAAAAGUGAAGAAAUGCAACUGAGAGUAUGCGAUUUGCGGUUCGAUCGCGUAGUAGGUACGAAAGGGAUUUGGUAUGAAUGAGCGUAUUUCUACAUGUGCCUUGUAAAUUAUUAUUAUUACUAUGAUUAUCGUAUGCAUAAACAUUUGUAGAAGGAAAUACAACAACACUGACGUGAGAAAUCUAUCAAUUACAAUAUCAAUCUGACCUACAGGACAGCAUGUUGAGUGUUGAUUCUUCACAAUGAAAACAUAUUAUCAGCGCGGAAAGCAAAAUCAAGUAGCAUACAGUAACACGUUGUUCUUAAACAGUAGUUAUACAAAGCAGAGACAACUGAAUGAAAUCGUAUUACAUACAUACAAUUAUUGAAAACUUCUCCUAUAUCUUGAGAUACGACAGAUGCAAGAUAAUUGUGUAAAUACAUAUCCUUCGUUUUUACUUCGAAUGAAAUGAGAAGAUGGAAACAAAUUAACUCUAGGAAACUCUUCGCUGCAAUAAUAAACACAAGAAAUGAAUGCAAAAAUCACACGUGGUAACAAAACAAAACAUUAGUGCAUAAUGAUACAAUUUAUGGAAUAAAGAAAACUGAUUACGAUGAAAUAAA